AUGGAGCUAUCAUCUUUCGUCGAGCGUCUACGAAGCGGCGCACCACCUAAAUUUCCCUCCGACGCUAACUCACUUGACUUUGCGCGCAAUCUGGAUUCACAGGAUAAACUGAGCCAUCUCCGCGAUGAAUUCAUCCUUCCCACAAAGAAAUCUCUAAAGAAGAAAUCCCUCGAUGGAUCAAUUCCAAAUGGCCAUGCGCAGAAUGGCAGCGUCAACGGUACAAAUGGUCACACCAACGGCCAAGAUGAUGACCAACAAUGCAUCUACUUCGUCGGCAACUCUCUCGGCGCUCAACCAAAAGCCGUAAGGGAACAUCUCAACGCUCAGCUCGAAACAUGGGCUUCAGUCGGUGUAAACGGGCAUUUCAGCGCAAUGCAAAACUCACCACUCCCCGCAUGGCAAGAUCUCGCUGAGGACUGCGCCAUCAGAUCUGCUGAUAUCGUCGGUGCUUCUCCUCACGAGAUUGUCAUCAUGAACACCCUCACCGCAAACUUGCAUCUCCUCAUGGCUAGUUUCUACAAGCCGAAUGAGAAGCGCCACAAGGUUAUCUUGGAGUGGAAGCCUUUUCCUAGUGAUCAUUACGCUAUUGAGAGUCAAGUUGUUUGGCAUGGGCUAGAUCCUGAGAAGAGCAUGGUUAAGAUUGAACCUAAUGAGGAUCACAUCAUCACCACUGAUCUUAUUCUUUCUACUAUUGAUCAACACGCCGAUGAUACCGCUCUUCUUCUCCUCCCUGGUAUCCAGUACUACUCUGGCCAACUCUUCGACAUUCCCCGUAUUACCGCCUACGCACAAGCAAAGGGCAUAGUAGUAGGUUGGGAUCUCGCCCACGCCGCCGGAAACGUUGAACUCAAGCUCCACGACUGGAAUGUUGAUUUCGCAUGCUGGUGUACGUACAAGUACAUCAACGCCGGACCCGGUUCCAUCGCCGGUGCUUAUGUUCACGAGCGUCAUGGAAAAGUCGAGAUGAACGCUGAGUCAGGCAAGGCUAGCUACAGACCGCGUUUGAUGGGUUGGUACGGAGGUGACAAGAGUGUGCGGUUCAACAUGGAUAACAACUUUAUUCCUACCGCUGGUGCAGGGGGAUUCCAGCUAUCGAACCCUUCUGCUAUCGAUCUGGCUAGUUUAUCCGGUGCUUUGAGCGUGUUUAACAAGACCACAAUGCACGACCUCCGCUCCAAAGCAUUGGUUCUUACAGCAUACUCCGAAUACCUCCUCGACCAAAUCCUUGCCGAGUCCAAUGAUUCCGAACUUUUCCGCAUCAUCACCCCCCGCGACCCUCUUCAGCGCGGAACUCAAUUGAGUGUGCUCCUGAAAGAUGGUCUGUUGGAUAAUGUCAGUGCGGCACUCGAAGAAAACGCUGUGAUUUGCGAUAAGCGAAAGCCUGGUGUUAUUCGAGUUGCGCCUGUGCCGCUGUACUCGAGAUUUGAGGAUGUGUGGAGGUUUAUGCAGAUUCUGAAGGGUGCUUUGAAGAAUUAG